GGAAGUUCCGGCGGGGGCGGCGGAGGGAAGAGUGUGUGUCUGUUCAGGAGAAAGAGGAGACUCGCCCGAGAGGUCUCGAGAUCCACAGGGAGUGGAGGCCCCCAGCCGUGGAGCCCUACUAGUGUAUGUGUGGUAACACCAUGUCUGUGCCCCUGCUCACCGAUGCUGCCACUGUGUCUGGAGCUGAGCGGGAAACGGCUGCGGUUAUUUUUUUACAUGGACUUGGAGACACAGGGCACAGCUGGGCUGACGCCCUCUCCACCAUCCGGCUCCCUCACGUCAAGUACAUCUGUCCCCAUGCACCUCGGAUCCCUGUGACCCUCAACAUGAAGAUGGUGAUGCCGUCCUGGUUUGACCUAAUGGGACUGAGUCCGGAUGCCCCAGAGGACGAGGCUGGCAUCAAGAAAGCAGCAGAGAACAUCAAGGCCUUGAUUGAGCAUGAGAUGAAGAAUGGGAUUCCUGCCAAUCGUAUUGUCCUGGGAGGCUUUUCACAGGGUGGGGCCCUGUCCCUCUACACCGCUCUCACCUGCCCCCACCCUCUGGCUGGCAUCGUAGCGUUGAGCUGUUGGUUGCCUCUGCACCGGGCUUUCCCUCAGGCAGCCAAUGGCAGUGCCAAGGACCUGGCCAUCCUGCAGUGCCAUGGGGAGCUGGACCCUAUGGUGCCUGUCCGGUUUGGGGCCCUAACAGCUGAAAAGCUCCGGUCUGUUGUCACACCCGCCAGGGUUCAAUUUAAGACUUACCCAGGUGUCAUGCACAGCUCCUGCCCUCAGGAGAUGGCGGCUGUGAAGGAGUUUCUUGAGAAGCUGCUGCCUCCUGUCUAACCAGAGUUGCUGGUCUCCAGCACGGUCCCUUAGCUCAUGCGGGGCCCGACACUCGCAGCACCAUCUUGGAUCUGAGCCGGCCGAGCCCCUGUCCCCACCGCCCUCCACCUGUCCUUUCCCACAGACCUUGGGGCAGACUGGUCACGGCCUGGCCCACCUGCUCUCCGCCAUCUGACACUGUCCACAGCAGGCGGUGGGCUGCUUUCUUACCCCAUUUCCCUGGAGGCGGGCCCCCCAGCAGCAGUAUUGGAGGGGCCGUAGGCAGCGGGAAGAAGGGGCCCAGCUGCUGACCCACUCAUUCAGGACCUCACCCACUAGCCCCGCUUUGGCCCCAUUUCCUGUGACCUCAGGGUUUGGCCCUUGGGGCUCUCCCAGGCCCCACCUACUGACCCCCAGGGAUUCUGCCCAGAUAAUCGUAUCUCCUGCCUCCUCUCCAGCUGCUUCUCAAUCAUGAAUGUGUCCAUGGCCUACCCCCUUGCUGCUGUGGGCCACCUGCCUGUCGGCAGGAGUGUUGGUAAGGGGGUAGGGCCCGGGCCUUCCCUCAGCUGUUCCCUCCCCCUUGGGGGCCAGGCCCACCUCCUCUUUGCCCUUUUCUCCCGCAGGCCUGGAGCCUGCAGGGCUGGACUGAGGCUCAUGGUCUCCCCACAGCUGUCCUACCCACACUUUGUCCCCACUCCUGGGCCAGGGAGGUGGUGGGGGAAGAGUUGUGUCUCGUCUUCUGUCUCCAUGUGGUUUUGGGUGUUUUUCUUGUUGUGUCCUGGAUUCCGAUAAAAUUAAAGAAAUCGCUUCCUCAA